UUACGAGGAGUAUCUCGAGAAGAUUAAGGAGCAUGACCUUGUGAAAGAUGCCUAUGUCCAGUGGACGAGCAACCAGAUGGCGAGUUUCACUCGGUUCAUGAUGACUGGAGUGCGAGAGGAACCACUCCCAGAGCCACCUCAUCCGGGGCCGACGCCAGUGUUCCCGUCCAAGGAGGAGUUCUAUAUCAUGUACAAGCGUCAGCGUCAGUUGACCCCGGGAUUGGGAGAAUCCGGGAACGACACUCCUUGUGGUACGCCGAUGCACCCCGGUCGCCAUUCUCCUGGUGCUUCUGCCGAACCUCGGCAUUUUUCUGGUUCCGGUGGCUCUCGUCGUGGUUCUACCUCCCCGAGCACCGUCGAGAUACAGCGGCCUCACUUCACCCACUCGGAGCUAGAUCGUCUGUAGCUAGAUCGUCACUCGGGUGGUGCACCACCAUAGUUUCUACAUUGUACUAGCUACAUGACACAUGCUAUAUGUGUAGAAUGAUCUAUGUAGGAUGACUAUAUGUACCGUAUUGCUUGUGUGCUAUAUUUGUACUAAAUUUGGGAUUUGGUGCCAUAUUUGUGCUAUAUCUGUGAUGUGAGCUAUAUG